ACCGUUGGAUCAGGUCUUCUUCAUAUUUUUUGGACGCGGCGCGGCGUCAAGCGAGUGGUAGUCUGCGUGGUGAUUUGUGAAUGAAGAAGCAGUUGUGGGAGUGUGGGGUUCAGCCAACAUCCACUUCACUGACAGGGUGUCAGUAGAGUAUUUGGUGCAGUGGGUAUCUUCUACGCCCAAGUAUUAGUUCGGAUGCUCUCCGCAUGAGGAUGGCUGUCAUUCUACGUGCUGCAGUCCUGGUGCUACUUGGCAGUCUGCUAGUCCCUAGUGGCGGUCAUGGUGCAGCUACCGUUGAAGUGCGCAAUGAGAUCAAGUCCAUGGGUGCCAAUGUCAAGAGUAUUAUUGACUAUCUGACAUCCGGCAAAGGAAAACACCAGGUGUACGAUCGCUUGGCAAAGUUCACGGAUACGUUUGGAAAUCGCUUAGCCGGCACAGCAAACCUUGAGAAUGCCAUUGAUUACAUGCUGGACACAAUGAAGACAGAUGGUCUGGAUAAUGUUCAUGGCGAGAGAGCGCAGGUCCCUCUCUGGGUGCGCGGCAAGGAGUCUGCUACUCUUCUUGAACCGCGCAAUCAGAAUCUGGCCAUGAUGGGCCUCGGUACGAGUGUCGGUACUUCUGCUGAAGGAAUCACAGCCGAGGUUCUUGUCGUCCGGUCCUUCGAUGAGCUGCACAACCGGAGCAAAGAGGCUCGAGGCAAGAUUAUUGUCUACAAUCAAGUCUGGGUCAGCUAUGGCAUUUCCGUGGCUUACCGGUCGCACGGUGCUUCAGAGGCGGCCAAGGUCGGUGCAGUGGCCGCGUUGAUCCGCUCCGUCACACCAUUCUCCAUCAACAGCCCACACACCGGUGUGCAGGAUUAUGAAGAUGGUGUUGAGAAGGUGCCUGCAGCUUGCAUCACAGUGGAGGAUGCGGAGAUGCUGGAUCGCAUGGCAACCAGAGGUACUAAGAUAGUUGUCAAUGUGAAAAUGGAGGCAAAGAACCAUGGCUUGGUUUGGUCACGCAACACGGUUGCAGAGAUCAAGGGCUCCACGUACCCUGACCAAGUUGUGUUGGUCAGUGGUCAUUUGGACAGCUGGGAUGUCGGCCAGGGAGCCAUGGAUGAUGGCGGCGGAGCCUUCAUCUCUUGGCAAGCGCUUUCAGCAAUCCAUCACCUUGGUCUCAGACCCAAGCGUACGCUGCGCGCUGUGCUGUGGACUGGAGAGGAAUACGGAGGAUACGGCUCGCAGAAGUAUUACGAAGACCACCAGAAUGAAUCCAAUAACAUGAACAUUGUGAUGGAGUCGGACAUUGGAACGUUCCAGCCUGUGGGCUUCCGCUUCACUGGUUCCUCCAAGGCCAAGGGUAUUGUGAGUGAGAUCAUGCAGUACAUGCAGCCGUUCAAUGCUAGCAAGGUGAUCGACGGCGCCGAUGGUACAGACAUUGAAUGGUGGUUCAACAAACACGUACCUGGCGGUAGUCUGGAGAACCAGAAUGAAAAGUACUUCUACUACCACCACUCCAAUGGUGACACCAUGACUGUACAAGAUCCCACCGAGAUGGAUUUGUGUGCAACACUUUGGGCAGUUGUAGCGUACUGUCUGGCGGAGAUGGAUGAAAUGCUUCCGCGCUAAGCUACCCUGGAACUGGCGGGGCUGCACACCACUGAUGAGACAGCACUGUCCUUCUUUUGUCCUUGUAAAUUAUUAAUUUAGAACAAUUCUGUCCGUGCAGUGCAUUGAUCACGUAAUUAUUUUCCGCGUGCAGCAUUUUUCUUGAGAAUGUAUCCUGCGAGAUUGGUCCUACUGGAAGUGAUGAUGCGUACAAUUUUGUUGACAACCUAGGUGAUAACAGAGCAUGCCCACCUACCCCCCUCUCUCCCUACACACAAUGCAUGCGCUUUCCAAGCUACACCAGCAAACCAUCCCUCUGAGAUUAGUAGUUGUGUAUUUUGUCCAAUUUAGUCAUCAUUCAGUUCCCUGUUAUUCCGUGCUGUAGGCGCUGCUGCGUGAGACCUAGAUUCUAUUUAUUGUCUCCCCGGUUUAUCAUUUUGAAUAGUUUUCCAAUUGCAUUGUGUAUCGGUUCAGUUCACUGACAACAUCAUACAGCAAUGAGGAAUUGAAACCAGGGAGUCGUGCGGCGCCCGGCCGGCCCUUGUACAACGA